AACAAGCAGCUUUGCAGAAAUUCCAUAUUGCUGCUUCGAGCAGACAGCAUAGAAACACCAUGAGGAGUCUCUGGGCAGAUAGCACGUUAACGUUUUAUAUCCUGUGCAUUGCAUACAAGGUUGGUGCCCAGCUCUGCUCUUACCCCUGUCGCUGUCCCCCGAAUCUACCCCGCUGCGCUCCGGGAGCCCUUCUGGUUGUGGAUGCUUGCGGUUGCUGCCGGGUCUGUGCUAAGCAGUUGGGAGAAUAUUGCAGCGAGCUUGACGUGUGUGAUCCCCAGCAGCAUCUGUUCUGUGAUCACAGCAUCAGCUACUCUGGGAGCAGAGGGAUAUGUACCUCACUUGAAGCUGGAACUUGCGAAUUCAAUGGCGUGAUCUAUAAGGAUGGUGAUGUAUUCCAGCCCAGUUGUAAAUAUCAUUGUUGGUGCUCAGAUGGAGGAAUUGGUUGCAUCCCUCGCUGUAGUGAAGAUAUCCGUCUGCCUGGUCCAGACUGCCCUUACCCAAAACGUGUCGAGAUCCCAGGGGAAUGCUGUCCUCAAUGGAUAUGUGAGAAGCAAGACAGUGGUAUCUUUGGCAAUACCUUGGCAGCAUUCAGAUCGGAAGUAUUCCAUGGAGGAUAUCCCUCUAGUGUGCCUUACAACUGCCCAGAGCAAAGCAGUGAGUGGAGUGCCUGUUCCAGGAGCUGUGGGAUAGGGUUGUCUACCCGGAUUUCCAACAAGAAUCACCAUUGUAUUUUGGAGACACAAAGCCAACUUUGUAUAGUGAGACCAUGCCAACAGGACCAUGCAAAACAAGCUCACAUGAGAAGGAAGAUUUGCAGGCCAACAACAAGGGCACCUCAACCAAUUCAAUUUGAAUACAACAACUGCAUAAGUGUUGAGGCUUACAGACCCAGAUACUGUGGCUCAUGCUCUGAUGGACGCUGCUGCACUCCACAUAAAAUCAGAACAGAACUCGUGGAGUUCAAGUGUAAGCAUGGCAGGGUUGUGAAACAGCAAAUGAUGUUCAUCAUCUCCUGUGCUUGUCAUUAUAACUGCUCACAUGCUUACAAAUAAGCUGAAACCCUCUAAUAUGCUGCAACACUAAGAGCAGAUUAUUUCCAUACAAGAUUGUACAGCGUAAAAAAAAAGUGUUGCUAGACUGAAGAGUUAAACAUGCCAAUAUUUCUAAAUAAUUUAGAUGGAAGCAUUAGGUAUACAACUACUCCUUUUAAUAUUUGGAGCAACCCUUUAAUAUUGAGUUUCCAGUACUAAGUAGUAUAAUCUCACAGCAAAAAUAAUCAAAGUGAACACUUUCACUAACUACAUAGCAGCCACGAAUUGCUUUGCAGAAACAUUAAAAGUCUAUGCCACUAGAUUUUGAAGCUACACUGCUCAUUGCUGCUGUAACGUAUGAAACAUAUAUUGAACCUACAUGAACACCUUGGGUGUUUAACUGACGACCUCAGUUAGACCAAUUGAGGAUUUAAAGUCCCCACCAAAUAAUCAUUUUUUGGGCUAUAAGCUCCCUCUACAGGAUGACAAGGGCUGCACUGUUUGCACAAUGUAGGAGAUUACAGGAAAACUGCCCAGAUCUUUCAUAUAGCAGAAUGUGAGUGUAAACACUAGGAAGCAUCACAGUAGAAGAGACACCAGCUGCAGCAUAGUUGAAGAUUAGACUAUUUAUCACAACUCAAUCAAUAGCAAUACAAUAAUUUAUAUUUUUAAUUAAAAGUGAAUACUACUUGCAUGACUGUAUACCACAAAGUUGUAAGAGAAUGUAUUUUCUCAAUCUUUUUGCUUGAGAAAUGUAUUUUUUGUAAAUUUCUGUAUAUAUCAGUACACUUUAAUUAAAAAGACGUGUUACUGUAAUAACAUGCCUAACAAGUGGUAGGGAAUGUUUUAACUUUGUAAAUAAAAAUAUGUGUACUC